GCUUCGAGGGAUAGAAGAAGAUGUGUUAAAAAUAAUCUGUGAGAAACUCAAGCCCGUGAGUUAUGCUAAGAACAGCGACAUUAUUCGAAAGGGUGAACCACUUGACAAGAUGGUCUACAUUGUAGACGGAGAUGUAUCCAUUGAAGAUGUUUCGAGACAAGGUGAAGGAGAAUUAUGUGGACAAGAACUUCUACGUUGGCCAUUCUACUAUGACUUCCCUUUCACUAAAACACCGUUGGCAACUAAAUCUGUCAAGGCAAUUAGUGUUGUUGAAGCCCUUGCUCUUGCCGCAAACGACUUGGAAAGUAUAUACCGUCAACCAGACAUUACAAGAAAAGAGGCGUCUAGACACAGAAAAAUGAUGAAAGAGGAGAUGGAGACAAAUAUAGAUGGGUUGAUACGUAAAAAGGGAUUUCCUGAAGAGUUUAAUCAGGAUGUAAAGUCACGGAUCAUGGAAAAGAUAGAAGAACAAGUUCAGAACGAUGAUCUUUAUUGGGAUAAGCUUGAUUGGGAUCAUCUUGUUUCUCAUGUUUCCAUGGAUUUUCAAAAUGAGAUCAAAAGGCGCAUGGCAUUGACUAAGUUGAAUACGCAUGAAUUGCCGGUGCCAAUGCUUCGAGGGAUAGAUGAGGAUGUGCUCAAAAUAAUCUGUCAGAAACUUAAGCCCGUGACUUAUACUGAGAACAGCGAUAUUAUUCAAAAGGAUCAACCACUUGACAAGAUUCUCUUCAUUGUAGACGGAGAAUUAUGUGAUUCUGAUGGUUCGAACCGACGUGCAGGAGAAGUAUGUGGAGAAGAACUUCUACGUUGGCCAUUCUACUCUUACUUCCCUCACAGAAAACCGUUGGCAACUAAAUCUGUCAACGCAAUUGGUGUUGUUGAAGCCCUUGCUCUCAACGCACAAGACUUGCAAAGUGUAAGCUCUUAAUCAAAUGCACAUUUCCUUUAUUACAAUUGAGCAUCCAUAGUAACAUUAAUUGGAUAAGAGAGAGAUCCAAGAAUUACCCUUAUUUAAACUAUCAGAUAAGACUUUCAUGUUUUCAAUGCAACCCUUCACGUGCGGGGCCAUUUAAGCCCAA